CACCGUGUCGCCGGAGAACAAGUCGGAGGCCAAGGAGUCCGUCGACUUCGCCCAGAGCGACAGGGGCGCCGACGCUGACGCCGUCAGCGACACGCCGCAGACGAGAGACGAGGCCGGGGACGCCGGCAAGAAAGAUGACGUCGCCGGGGGCGAGGGCGGCGGAACGACGCAGACGAGGGACGAGGCUGGCAGCGGCGACACAUCGUCCAAGGACGACGCUGGGGACACCGGCAAAAAGGACGAUGGCGCCGGCGGCGCCGCGGAAACGACGGACCCUGGCAGCAACGACGUCAGCCGGAGUGACGUCGCGGGGACGACGGACGCGACAGGAAACAGCACCGCCGGAAGCACGGACAUGGAGGAGUCCGCCAAGCAGCCUGCCGGCGGCACGGUUGCCGAGGGCGAGACACAGUCCAAGAACCAGACGUUCUCCGACGAGAACGGCAAGACGGAGGGCGGCGAGGUGGCGAAGCCGGAGGACCCCGAUAAAAAGGUCGAGCAGAGCGCCGAACAGGCGACGAUCGAUGCCAAGAACACCACAAGCAGUCAGGCCGAGAAGAACACCGACCAGAACACGGAGGAAACCGGCGGCCAGGCAGACAAGAAUAACGCCGAGGACGCGUCCACCGAUUCCAAGGACACCGCCGGACAGGCUGACAAGAACGCCGAGGAGGCGUCCACCGACGACAAGAACACCGGCGGCCAGGCUGACAAGAACGCCGAGGAAGCGGCCACCACCGACGCUGACAACACCGGCGGCCAGUCCCGCAAUAGCACCAAGGAGACACCGACAGAGUCAGAGGAGACCGGCGGCGGCGACGGCGGCACGGCCAAGAACCAGACGACCUUCGACGACGUCAACGGCAAGAUGGACGGCGUGCAGCCCGUGAAAGAAGACGGGAAGGUCGUCGAGAAGAACCCCGAUGAAGCUGCCAGCAGCGACAAGGUGGAAAGCACGGACGACGACACGAGCACCGACGCGGCGUCAAAGAACGCCACUUCCGGCGAAGGCCUGAACGUCGCGGCGGAGACCAUGGCGGUUACAGCCACGGAUGGCACCAACGGCACGAUCACACCAGACACGCAGAACUUCGCAAUGAACAGCAGCGCCACGACUGGAGAUAUAGACGCGGCGGAGAAAGCCGAGCUGCUGCCGAGCGGGCAGGCGGACCUGCUGAACGAGACGGCGUCGGCGGUGGUGGAGAACGGCGCGUUCCCGACCCAGGCGGCGGAGUCAAGUGAGGAGAAGAAGGCGCGAUCAGGCGAGGACAAGAAAAAGAAGAAGAAGAAGGGCAAGGACAAGGGCGCCUCCGGCGAGACGACGGCCGCGGCGGAGGCCUCGUACACGUGGAAGCUCUGCAACGCGACCACCGGCGCCGACUACAUCCCGUGCCUGGACAACGAGGCGGCCAUCAGGAAGCUCAAGACCAACAAGCAUUACGAGCACCGGGAGCGGCACUGCCCCGCCGACGCGCCGGCGUGCCUGGUGCCGCUGCCGGAGGGCUACCGGCAGCCGAUCCCGUGGCCGUACAGCCGCGACAAGAUCUGGUACCACAACGUGCCGCACACGGGUCUGGCGUCGUACAAGGGGCACCAGAACUGGGUAAAGGUCUCCGGCGAGCACCUGACGUUCCCCGGCGGCGGCACGCAGUUCAAGCACGGCGCGCUCCACUACAUCGAGCUGAUCGAGGAGGCGCUCCCGGAGGUGGCGUGGGGGCGGCGCAGCCGCGUGGUGCUCGACGUCGGCUGCGGCGUCGCCAGCUUCGGCGGCUUCCUCUUCGACAAGGACGCGCUAACCAUGUCGUUCGCGCCCAAGGACGAGCACGAGGCGCAGGUGCAGUUCGCGCUCGAGCGCGGCAUCCCGGCCGUUUCCGCCGUGAUGGGCACCAAGCGCCUCCCCUUCCCCGGCAACGCCUUCGACCUCAUCCACUGCGCGCGCUGCCGCGUUCCCUGGCACAUCGACGGCGGCACGCUGCUGCUCGAGGUCAACCGCCUCCUCCGCCCCGGCGGUCUCUUCGUCUGGUCGGCCACGCCCGUCUACCGGAAGGUCCCCGAGGACGUCGAGAUCUGGCACGCCAUGGCGGCGCUGACCAAGUCCAUGUGCUGGGAGAUGAUCAAGAGGACGAGCGACACGGUGGACCAGACGGCCAUGGUCGUCUUCAGGAAGCCGGAGAGCAACGAGUGCUACGACGCGAGGGCGCGGGCGGAGCCGCCGCUGUGCGAGGCCUCCGACGACCAGGACGCGGCGUGGAACAUCACCCUGCAGCCGUGCAUGCACCGGGUGCCCACCGACCCGUCCGCCCGCGGCGCGCGGUGGCCGGCGCAGUGGCCGGACCGGCUGGCCGCGGCGCCGUACUGGCUGGGCGCCGACCAGGUGGGCGUCUACGGCAAGCCCGCGCCGGCCGACUUCUCGGCGGACCAGGAGCACUGGAGGAAGGUCGUCCAGGGCUCGUACCUUGACGGCAUGGGCAUCGACUGGAAGAACGUCCGGAACGUCAUGGACAUGAGAGCAGUAUACGGAGGGUUCGCGGCGGCGCUCCGGGACAUGAAGGUGUGGGUGAUGAACGUGGUGACCAUCGACUCGCCGGACACGCUGCCGAUCAUCUACGAGCGCGGGCUCUUCGGGAUGUACCAUGACUGGUGCGAGUCCUUCAGCACCUACCCGAGGUCGUACGACCUCGUCCACGCCGACCACCUCUUCUCCAAGCUCAAGAGCAGGUGCGAGCUGCUGCCGGUGAUCGUCGAGGUGGACCGGAUCCUGAGGCCGGAGGGGAAGCUGAUCGUCCGCGACGACAGGGCGACGGUCGAGGAGGUCGAGAGCAUCGCGAGGUCCUUGCACUGGGAGGUCAGGAUGACCGUGUCCGAGCAGGGGGAGGGGCUGCUCUGCGUCGGGAAGACGAUGUGGCGGCCCACGGAAGUCGAGGCGCUGAGCUAGUAGAAGCUGACAAGUGAUGACUCCAGCUGUUCUUCUUCCAAAUAGUAGCACCUAGCAAAAUACAGAAUGGCGUUCCUGCCACAUUGCAAUAAUCAAGAUAGCCAUCGAGUUGUAUACAGUGUACUUGUUACCGAGUUCUGUAGUAGCUGUAGGUACAUCAGUGUUUCAGACCUCAACCCUCAGUACAGUUACCAUUGACUGCGGAAGGAAGAUCUGAAAAAGAUGGUGAUUCCAAAUCAUCAGCAUUUUGCA